CAGAAGAACAUCGCCACAAAAGCAGGAGGAGGAGAGAAGAAGAAGCGAAAGCAACGCCGCAAGGAAAGCUACGCUAUCUACAUCUACAAGGUGCUGAAGCAGGUCCAUCCGGACACCGGUGUCUCGUCGAAGGCGAUGAGCAUCAUGAAUAGCUUCGUGAACGACAUCUUCGAGCGUAUUGCUAACGAAGCAUCUCGUCUGGCCCAUUACAACCGACGGUCGACGAUCACCUCCCGCGAGGUACAGACCGCCGUUCGUUUGCUGUUACCGGGCGAGCUGGCCAAACAUGACGUAUCGGAAGGUACCAAGGCCGUUACCAAGUAUACCAGCUCGAAGUAA